AUGUUCCCUCGUCCAGAACUUGCUUUCGGCCUGACCGCCGCUGCCACUCUGGCAGCUGCCGCGACGGGGCCCUGCGACAUCUACGCGUCCGGCGGUACGCCUUGCGUCGCGGCUCACAGCACCACACGUGCUCUCUACGGCUCCUACACUGGUGCUUUAUACCAGGUCAAGCGCGGCUCCGACAAUGCUACGACCAACAUCUCUCCCCUCUCUUCUGGCGUAGCCAAUGCCGCGACCCAGGACAACUUCUGUGCCGGCAGUACGUGUCUCAUCUCCAUCAUCUACGACCAGUCUGGCCGUGGAAACCACCUGAGCCAAGCUCCUGGUGGAAGUGCCGCCCAAGGCCCUAACGUCGACGGCACUGAUUACCUGGCCGGUGCCACUGGUGCCACUGGCUACCGCAACAACCAGGCUCAGGGUACGGCCACUGGUGAUUCCGCCGAGGGCCUCUAUGCUGUCUUUGAUGGUACGCAUUAUAACGCGGCUUGUUGCUUUGAUUACGGGAAUGCCGAGAUCAACAGCAAAGACACGGGCGACGGCCACAUGGAGUCCAUUUACUUCGGUUCGGGCAAGAAUUACGGCUAUGGGGCCGGCUCGGGCCCCUGGAUCCUUGCUGAUCUCGAGAAUGGUCUGUAUACAGAAAACGGCCUUGGCCAGUACUCUAACAACCCGACUCAAAACUCCCGCUUCGUAACCGCCGUUGUUAAGGGCGAUAAUGGCAAUCAGUGGGCGGUUCGCGGCGGCAACUCUGUUUCGGGCGGACUUACAACCUACUUCAGUGGACCUCGACCGCCGCCUGACUACAACCCCAUGAGCAAGGAGGGCGCCAUUAUCCUCGGCAUCGGCGGCGACAACAGUAACGGGGCUCAAGGCACAUUUUACGAGGGUGUGAUGACGACCGGCUACCCGUCCGACGCCACAGAAAAUUCCGUUCAGGCUAAUAUCGUGGCGGCUACGUACGGCACUACAGGCCUUACGUCCGGCCCAGCCAUCAACGUCGGGUCGCACGUUUCCUUGCGUGCUACGACCUCGUGCUGUACGGACCGGUACAUCGCUCACAGCGGCGCCGAGGUCAACACCCAGGUCGUGUCUAGCUCUAGCACGACGACGCUCAAGCAGCAGGCUUCCUGGAUCGUGCACACGGGCCUCGGCAACAGCGCCUGCCUGUCGUUUGAGUCGGCGGACACGCCCGGCAGCUUCAUCCGCCACUCCAAUUACGCGCUCGUGGUCAACGCCAACGACGGGGGCGUCGUCUUCGCCCAGGACGCCACUUUCUGCCCCGAGGAGUCGCUCAACGACGCCGGCUCCAACAUCCUCCGCUCGUGGAGUUAUCCGGCCCGCUACUGGCGCCAUUACAGUGCCGAGCUCUUCAUUGCGGGCAACGGCGGCCCGCACUUCUUUGACACGCCUUCCAGCUUCAACGACGACACCAGCUUCGCCGUCGGCACUGCCUUUGCCUAG